UGGCGCCGUCAGAAACGCCAAUUUUGAACGAUAUGCCAUUGAGAGAUUAACAUUUGAGAUAAUCAAUAGCACAUAUUGGCACUGCAUUUUUAUCACGAGAAUGCAGGGAGAUCACGUGAUGAAAAUAUUUGCACACUUGAAGUAUGAAUUUGCUAUCGUGAUAAAUUGGCCACCUGCAUUUUUAUUGACCUUCUCCUCUCAUUCACGAUUGCUGGAUGAUUAACGCACCUCUACAAAGAGCACAACAAAUAGUGAUAAUUAAAUUGGGAGCAUCUCCCAUAAAAAAUACUGUGACCAAAAAUCGGAAGUGUGUUUCGGUGUUAUCAUGAAUGAGAGUGCGGUCCAGGUGAUUCCACUGGCUACGAUUGGAUGCUCACAUAAUCUGACUUUAAAAGUACUCCAGGAAUGAUACUGCAGUGAUAAAAUUUCCUGCGGAUAUAAGACAAGGGUAAAACGGUAACAGAUCAGUAUCGAAUAUUUCUCUGGAACGAUGAAAUCGGCACUUGUUUUCACGAAAAUCUGGCUCGCUUUCAUAUCGGUUGGGGCUUCGGGAAAAUUGAGUGCUGAGGAGGCUUCGGUCGAGAGCCCUUCGGCAAUUGCUGCAUUGCUAAUCAAUGAUACCUACAAGUAUCAUGAGGAUGCUCAUCUCAACGCCCGACAACUUAUAUCGAAAUAUGGAUACAGAGGCCAAACUCAUAAAGUUACGACCAACGACGGGUACAUCCUCGAAUUGCACCGGAUAACCGGUCCGAAAUCGAAUCCAGAGCCCGAGGGUAAACCGGUAAUUUUCGUGAUGCACGGGCUGUUGUGCAGCUCAGUCGAUUGGCUCAUCUCCGGGUCUCAGAAAGCACUGGGCUUCAUGUUGGCGGAUGUGGGCUACGACGUGUGGCUGGGCAACUCUCGGGGGAAUACUUUCUCCCGUGGUCACACAAAAUAUUCUACCCUUGAUAAACAAUAUUGGAUGUUCAGUUGGCACGAAUUCGGUACCGAGGAUCUCCCCGCGAUGAUCGACUACAUCUUACAGGAAACAGGAAGGGAGAAAAUAUUCUACGCCGCUCACAGCCAAGGGACGACCGCCUACUUUGUCAUGGGGUCGGAAAAGCCGGAAUACAAUGAUAAGAUCAUUGCAAUGUUCGCUAUGGCACCAGUGGCCUAUCUCGGCCACAUGAAGAGUCCAUUUUUUCAGGUUCUCUCACGGAUAGAUAAACUUGUGUCUGGUGCAAUGGCGGCUCUUGGAUAUUACGAAUUCAAACCUAUAGACGGUCUCAUAAAAGAAGUCGCGACCAUCGCCUGUCAAGAAGACAUUUGGACGCAGGAAAUAUGUUUAAAUGUAAUAUUUCUUGUCGCCGGAUUUGGCAGCGACCAAAUGAACAGAACACUACUGCCGGCCAUUUUGGGUCACACACCUGCAGGUGCUUCCAGUCGUCAAUUCGUCCACUACAGCCAACUCUUCAAGUCAAAUAAAUUUCGGCAGUACGAUUAUGGACUAUUAAAGAAUUAUUGGAUGUACGGACAGAGAAGUCCCCCGGCUUACGAUCUCUCGAAAGUUACCAUUCCUGUCAUUCUUGCCUAUGGGCUCAAUGACUGGCUGGCGGAUCCUCAGGACGUCCACCGCCUGGCGGAGGAGUUGCCUAAUGUCUACGGCAAGCUGAAGGUGCCUCAUGCGAGUUUCGGGCAUUUGGAUCAUCUGUGGGGCAUCGAUGCUCCUCGAGCAGUCUACUCUCAACUGGUAGAGUUCCUGAAACGCUUCAGGGAUUGAGGGUUUAAUUGCAAAUAUAGAUUGUUAGUCAUUGAUGUUGUUGACUGGAUUUUGCGAGGAAAUUUGAGAAAUAUACAUUAAAAAAACAAAAGUAGUUUAAUUACUUUAGGAAUAAAUAGGAAAGAUCUUGAUGAGGGAAACUGAAACGUCAGCUUGUGAAUUGUUUUCCCAACUGUGGGAAAACCGGAAUAGUAAAUAAACUAUGUGAUAAGAACUGAA